AACACAAGUUGGAAUCUAUUUGGGGUCAGAAAAUGAGAAAAACAAAGGGAAUUGGGCACAGCAACCUUGUUUUAAUAAUGAGUUGCCACAUGGUUGUAGUCUUGUGGCGGAAUAUUGGGUUUUUGUUUUUUGGUCGCAAGCACAAAGUGGCUUUGAUCGAUAGGAUUCUUCUCCGUGGAUCAUCAUAUCGUCUGUUCCACCACAAAUUCCCAGAUAGUCUGCCAUGGAAGGAGAUAUGAAGAGCGUGAUGAAGCAUUGGAUGGAAGGAGAGAUCGCCGUCUUCAUCAAGGUAUGGUUCUCCAUAUACCUCUCUCUCUCCUACUGCUUCUUCGCUGCAAAAAUGGCUCCCGUUGGCCUUCCCAGGCUCCUGCUUUUCCUCCCUGUAAUCUCUCUCUUUCUCCUCCUCCCUCUCGCCCUCCACUCCGUCCAUCUCUGCGGCACCACCGCCUUCUUCAUCUCCUGGCUCGCCAACUUCAAGCUCCUCAUGCUUGCCUUCAACCAUGGCGCCGCCGGCCCUCUCUCUCUCCCUUCUCUCUCCCUCCCCCGUUUCCUCCUACUCGCCUGCCUCCCCAUCAAAAUCCACCAAAAACACUCACAACAUUCUUCAAACAACACUCAUUCUGCUCAACAAGAUUCACACCAGUACAGACAGCUCAGUUGGUUCCUGAAUGGUAGAUUAUUGAUAAAAACACAAGAUCAUCGAGCUCAGAAGCACGAGACACCAAUCCUCUCACCUAAUAAGCUAUUGAAUCACAAAGUAAAAACACAAGAUCGAGUCCCGACAGACACAAUACAGAAGCACCAGACACUGAUGCUCUCACCUAAUGAGUUGCUGAAUCACGGCGAGAAACCGUCGGUGGAAAUCUCGGAGAAUCGCCAGAAAUCUGGUGUGAGUUAUGCGGUGAAGGCAGUUAUGAUGGGUUUGAUCAUCAGAAUAUAUGAUUAUAGUGAUCGCAUAAACCCUACAGUUAUACUGAUUAUAUACUGUUUGCAUAUAUAUCUCUGCCUGGAGAUAAUUCUCGCCAUUGUUGCAGCCCUAGCUCGCGCCGUUCUCGGCUUAGAGCUGGAGCCGCAGUUCAACGAGCCAUAUCUCUCCGCUUCUUUACAGGAUUUCUGGGGAAGACGAUGGAACCUCAUGGUAAACCGUAUCCUGCGCCCCACCGUAUACAAUCCCGUCCUCGGCGUCUCGGCCAAGUAUUUGGGCCGUAAGUGGGCCACGUUCCCGGCCGUUAUGGCCACGUUCUUCGUAUCGGGCCUAAUGCACGAGCUGAUCUUUUUCUACUUGGGCCGGGCUAGGCCCACUUGGGAGAUCACGUGGUUCUUUCUGCUCCACGGGGCGUGCGUGGCGGUCGAGGUCGCAGUGAAGAAAGCGCUGAGGGGCAGGUGCCGGUUGCCGGGAAUGCUUGGGACGAUCCUGACCGUUGGAUUUGUUAUGCUCACCGGCUUUUGGCUGUUCUUCCCGCAGCUGUUGCGGUGUGAAGCCGAUGUUAAGGCGUUUGCGGAGUACGCGGCUUUGGGCGCGUUUGUGAAGGAUGUUGGUAGAGCUUUGACUCUAGGCGCAAGGAGUGCUUUAGGCCUUUAGUAUAGGGGGGAGGAGAAAAGUGCUUUAGCAUAGGAGUAUAUACCAUUGAUUUUUGAGAAAAUGAGAAUUAUAUUUUCGUGAAUAUUUAUUCUCGUUAUGCAGAUUGUAUACAUUAAGUAAAAAG